AUGCAGAUCAUGGUUUGUUUGGCAUCCGUGUAUGGAGCGUGGACUAUCAGAGACAGAAAAUGGUAUUUUGAGGUUGAUAAAACGAGAGGAGGUAGAAUGUUCUACCUGCAGGAUGAUUGUAAACAUGAAGAGCUGGUUGAAAUGGUUGUGAACGACUACAUGUUGCAAGUUAAUGGCGAGCUGCUGGAGUUGUCAUAUCCAUUACCAGCUGCUAUGAUGGAGAAAUUGCCAACGGAUUCACCUCCUAUGUAUGUGACGAACGACAGACAAGUUGGGAGCUUGGUGGAGUUAUGUAAGGAGCAUGUGGUCCGUCUUUGCGUCUCGACCCGCGUUGGUAUGGGAAGGAACUACAACGAACCAAUACAUGAGUGUGUCCAAGAAGAAAAGUCUGAAGAGGUGGAUAAAGAACACGUGGAAGAAGAAUUCGGUGAUGAAGGCUGGGAUGAUAACGAGUCUGAUGAUGUAAACUGGAAUGACAAAGCAUGGGAUGUAAAUUCAGAAGAUGAAUCUGAUGAUACUCAUGACAAUGAUAGUGCUGAUGAUGUCGACAACCCCGACGAUAUCGAUGCAGAUUAUAGUAAGUAUGGCAAGGUGAAAGAUGAGGAAGAGGGUGAAGAGAGUUUGUCUUUCCGUGAAAGGCUCCGUAGAGGUGUUUGGAAUGGUGGAAAUGGAGGGUUCACAGGCACUUGGUGUGACACUAUUCUGGUAAAUCACAGCUAUGCCUCUAAAGAAGCCCUUCUUUCUGAGUUGCGACUGACGGCUGUGAUGGCAAGAUUCGCAUUUAAAGUCUACAAGUCCACUACGGAUUGUUUGUGGCAAAAUGUGUUGUCAAUGGAUGUGCAUGGAAGUUGA